CUGUUGUGUCACUGUUAAGCGCUCUUUUCGGUUAUCUUUUUGUUUUGUUGCUGUUUCAAGAACAGCAGAACGGCCAUUUUUCUAUGCCCCCAAUAGUCUAUUCUUUCGCGCACAAUUCUCAACAUGGCAGCCGUGAAAGAGCCCAUCGCCAUCAUAGGCUCGGCAUGCCGGUUUCCAGGCGGCGCCUCAUCCCCCUCGAAGCUAUGGGACCUGCUGAAAGAACCACGGGAUGUAUUGACCGAUAUUCCCGAAGACAGGCUGGUCCUCUCCAAUUUUUACAACAAAGAUGGGAGCUUCCACGGCAGUACAAACGUCAAGAAUAAGUCUUACCUUCUUUCAGAGGAUAUCAGUGCAUUUGAUGCCCCCUUCUUCCAGAUCAACGCUCUGGAAGCAGAGGGCAUGGAUCCCGCACAGCGCAUCCUCCUUGAAACCGUGUACGAGGCCAUGGAGGCCGCGGGUUCGGUAGAGGACGUCCGCGGCUCGCAAGCCUCUGUAUACGUGGGGCUCAUGACGGCAGACUGGUGGGACCUCCAAAUGCGAGAUACCGAAAUUUUGCCAACAUAUGCCGCAACGGGAACAGCCCGGAGCAUUAUCGCUAACCGUAUCUCGUAUAUUUUUGACCUGAAGGGACCGUCCAUGACCAUUGACACGGCAUGCUCAAGCUCCUUGGUUGCUCUACACCAGGCGGUACAGAGCUUACGGAGUGGCGAAUCAAAGACGGCCAUAGUGGCUGGCGCAAACCUGAUACUUGAUCCCGCCGUGUACAUCUCGGAGUCAAAACUGCAUAUGCUCUCGCCGGACUCUCGAUCCCGCAUGUGGGACAAGACGGCAGACGGAUAUGCAAGAGGCGAAGGAUGUGCAGCAGUUCUCCUCAAACGACUCAGCGAAGCUAUAGCUGACGGCGACCACAUCGAGAGCGUGAUUCGGGAGACGGGGGUCAACUCGGAUGGACGUACCAAGGGAAUUACCAUGCCUAGUGCCUCAGCGCAAGCGGAGCUCAUACGAUCCACAUAUCAGAAUGCUGGCCUCGAUCCUACCGUAGAUCGUUGCCAGUUCUUCGAGUGCCAUGGAACUGGCACCGCAGCCGGAGAUCCCAUUGAGGCGCAGGCUAUCUCUGAAACAUUCUUUCCAGCAGAAAGGCGCCAUGAGGGCUCAAGCAAGAUGUAUGUCGGGUCGAUAAAGACCAUCAUCGGUCACCUAGAGGGCUGUUCUGGAUUGGCCGGCGUGCUCAAGGCGUCCCUUGCCAUUCAAAAUCGCACCAUUCCCGCCAACCUGCUCUUCAACGAACUGAACCCGGCCAUCGAGCCCUACUACACGAACCUCGAGCUCGUUCAGUCUGGAACGGUGUGGCCAGAGACUCCAGGAUGUUGCCGCCGAGCUAGCGUCAAUAGCUUCGGUUUCGGUGGUACCAACGCUCACGCCAUCCUCGAAAGUUACGAUACCGAGCCGGUCGCGGGACAAGAUGCAGAAAAAGAAUCCUUUUUCCACGGACCUCUACUGUUCUCCGCAUGCUCGUCAUCUUCGUUAGUGGCCAUGGUCCGGGAGCACGCCCGGUACAUACGGUCAAAUCCAAGCUUACGCCUCGACGAUAUGGCCUGGCUCCUUCAGAAGAAGCGCAGCCUGUUCGACUUUAAGCACAGCUUCUCAGCCCCGUCACGCGACCUUCUUCUCCAGCAUAUGGAUGAUUUUAUAGAGACUGCCGAUCCUAGUAGCGCUGGUUCUCGUCCACAACUCCUCUACCAGGAUGAUGCGCCGGCUGUCCUUGGGAUCUUCACAGGUCAAGGUGCUCAGUGGGCCACCAUGGGUGCGUCUUUGAUUCAGAGAUGCCGGCUGUUUGCUGAGUCCAUCGAACGCAGCGAGGCCGCGUUGGCUACUUUACCCGAUCCACCCUCGUGGUCUCUUAAACAAGAGCUGCUGGCGCCCAAAGAAAUCUCACGUUUAAACGAGGCUGUGCUGAGCCAGCCACUGUGCACCGCAUUGCAAAUUGCCAUGGUCGACCUCGCUACAGCUGCGGGCGUUCGUUUCAACGCCACAGUUGGCCAUUCAUCUGGUGAGAUCGCAGCCACAUAUGCUGCUGGUAUCCUUUCCGCCGCAGACGCCAUGGCCAUUGCAUACUACAGAGGAUAUUACGCAUACCUAUCCUGUGGACCCGAUGGAAAGAAAGGAGGCAUGCUCGCGGCGGCCAUAUCAUACGAAGCGGCGGCUGAGUUCUGCGCAAAACCACAAUGGGCGGGACGCAUCAGCCCAGCGGCAAGCAAUUCACCUUCUAGUGUUACCAUCUCCGGCGAUCUCGAUGCCGUGCAAGAAGCCAAGGCGCAUUUCGACGCCGAGAAGACGUUCACCAGGCAGCUUGUGGUUGAUACUGCGUACCAUUCCCAUCACAUGCUGCCUUGCGCCGAAGCGUACCUGGCAUCUUUGGAGGCGUGUAAAAUCACCGUCAACCAGCCGCAUCCUAGUUGUACUUGGUGCUCCAGCGUGCUAGGAGACGCAUUGAUUGAAGACAGCGACCUCGACAUGCUGAAAGGGCAGUACUGGGUCGACAACAUGGUGAAGCCAGUGCUGUUCGCAGAAGCUGUCGAAAAUUCCAUCUGGAACGGUGGCCCGUUUGAGGUAGCAAUAGAGAUGGGACCUCAUCCGGCGCUCAAAGGUCCUGCAACCCAAGUUCUGAAGUCGGUGCUCGACUCCUCUCCCCCCUACAUUGGCUUGCUGCGUCGUGGCGAAGACGCAAUCGAGACUUUCUCCGACGGUCUCGGUCUCGUAUGGGCCACCCUCGGUCCCUCCUUUGUUGACUUCGAGGGCUACCAUCGAGCAUUCGCCUUGGAAACGGCGACGCCACAGAUGCUGAAGAAUCUCCCGUCGUAUCCCUGGGACCACGACAAGACAUAUUGGAAAGAGGGGCGCAUCUCUCGGAACUACCGGCUCCGCAAGAACGCUCCACACGAGCUCCUUGGGCGCAGGCUUCCAGACGAUACUGAUGAUGAGAUGAGGUGGCGUAACAUCCUACGACUGAGCGAGCUGGCCUGGAUGCGUGGCCACGGCUUCAAGGGUCAGGUUUUGUUCCCGGCUGCUGCACAUGUCACCAUGGCUAUCGAGGCGUCCAAGUAUCUCAAGUCGGACCGCUCUGCCAAACUCAUUGAGCUUAGGGACGUAAGCAUCCACCACUCCAUUGUCCUGGAAGAGAAUUCUCCAGGAAUUGAGACAAUGUUUAUAUUGAAAGUCUUGAACAAGGGUAAUGAAGAAAAGGACGUGAUGGAGGCCGGGUUCAGCAGCUACACGUUUGUAGACGAGGCAUCCGGGACCUCGAGAAAGACGGUAAGCGGCCGCAUUGUUGUCCAUAUGGGAGACGCGCAUGAUGUUGGCCUUCCACGCGUCGUGCCUACUAGUUCUCAAAUGUCAGCGGUAGAUCCCAAGAGCUUCUACUCGUCCAUGGAGCGCCUGGGUCUCGACUAUCAAGACCUGUUCCGGGGGCUCACUCGCGCUGAGCGUAGUCAAGACCACGCACGAACAACAGCUACUUGGCAGGGCCAGGAAGACUACGACGACGACGACGAGCAGUAUCUGGUGCACCCAGCCCUUCUAGACCUGGCCUUCCAGGCCAAUCUCAUACCGCUAGCGUCCGCCACCACGGAUUUCGUUGAAACGUUGUUUCUGCCGACGACUCUGCACCGCCUCAUUGUCGAUCCGAAUCGCUUAGGAGGACUGUCACGCCCAGGAGCAACAACGGAUAUCGACGCUUUCGUCACCCACUUGGCCUCGUCCGCUAUGGUCGGCGAUAUCCACGUCCUUGAUUCCUCGGGCACCGCCACUAGCAUCCAAAUCGAGGGCCUCUCCUGGAAGCUCCUUUCCGACAACAUGCCUGCCAAAGACGGCCGAAUCUUCUCACGGACGGUGUGGGAGGUAGACAUUACUACUGGCGCGAUAGAUGUGGGAGAGACAAACGAGAAGGACGUUGAGAGGACGCGCGAAUUGAUUCACAUCAUGGAAAGAACUGCACUGUUCUACUUCCGGGACCUCGUCCGUAGCGUUUCAGCCGAGGAGAUCAAGACACUUGCUUGGCACCAUCAACGGCUAUUCGAGGCAAUUGCAGUCAAGCUGGAAGAUAUCCACUGCGGGCGAAACCCCAUCGCGGAGCAGGUCUGGGUUGAGGACACGCGGGAAACAAUCCACGACUUGCACACAAAGUUUCCCGGCCAAAUUGAGCUAGAACUGAUGCGUGCCAUCAGCGAGCAUCUCGUGUCGGUCGUGCGCGGAAAGACGCAGAUCCUCGAAGUCAUGCUGCAAGCCAAUAUGCUCAACCGCUUCUACAUGGAGGGCGAUUUUGCACGCCGGCUGAAUGCCUCGAUUGCAAGUGUCACCCGGCAGUUGGCGCACAAGUACCCACGCGCAAAGUUUCUCGAAAUCGGCGCGGGUACGGGCGGAAGCACACGCAGCAUCUUUGACAGCAUCGGCUCGCGCUACUCGUCGUACACGUACACGGACAUCUCCUCGGGCUUCUUCCAGCGCGCGGCGGACAAGUUUGCCGACCAUGUCCACAAGAUGAAGUUUUGCGUGCUCGAUAUCGAGAAGGACGUUGCGAGUCAGGGCUACGAGGAAGGAGCGUAUGAUGUCAUUGUCGCUGCCAACGUGCUGCACGCGACUCGCAAUUUGGCCGAGACGAUGCAGCACACGCGGUCGCUUCUCAAGCCUGGCGGUUAUCUUAUUCUCAUGGAGGCCACUGGUACCGCCAUGGCAGCAACGUACAUCAUGGGCGCCCUGCCUGGCUGGUGGCUCGGUGUCGACGACGGCCGACGCUUCCAGCCUGGCGUCUCCGUCAGCGAGUGGGACAAGUUGCUGCAGAGCACGCGCUUCUCUGGCGUCAACGCCGUCAGCUACGACUUCCCGGAACUGCCCAAGCACACAUUUUCCGUCAUGGUCACCCAGGCCAUCGACGAGCCGCUAGCCGUCCUCCGAGACCCACUGGCCGCGUCGCUCACAUUCCCCCAGGAGCGCCUUCUCAUCGUUGGUGGUACGCGCCCGGCUGCGGCCAAGCUGAGGCAGGGCCUGCAGGCGCUGCUUAGGCAGUGGAAGGAGACGGUCGUGGUGGACAGCAUUGACUCGCUCGAGAGUGGCGGCGGCAUCGAGGCAUUCUCAUCGGUGCUCUGUCUGACGGAGCUCGAUGCGCCGCUCUUCGCCGACACCAUGACGACCAGCAGGCUACGCAAGCUGCAGCAGCUGUUUGCACAGGCACGGAGGGUGCUAUGGCUCACGAGCGGGGCCGCUGAUGCGAGUCCGUUGUCCAACAUGGUCGUCGGUCUGGGUCGCUCCCUGCCGGUCGAGCUGCCGCAUCUCGCGCUGCAGUUCCUCGACCUCGAGGCACGCGGCGUUGCUGAUACGUCGCCCGCGGUCGUUGCGGCUGUGUUCCUGCGGCUGGUCUUUGCGGGCCGGUCGGACGCCGUCCAGGUGCGGUGGACCAUGGAGCCCGAGUUGAGACUAGUGGGCGACCAGCUGUGGGUGCCAAGGAUCGUGCCGGACGAGGCCAUGAACGAUCGCAUCAGCGCCAGGCACCGGCCCGUCCAACGGCGGGUCGCCAAGAACGCCACGCGGGUCGAGCUGUGCGCCAAGGACGGCGGGAACGGGCAGCUUGGCUUGCGCGAAGCGGCGCCGUUGGUCGCCGUCGAGGGCGCACGCGUCGUGGACGUCAAGUACUCGACUGCGCUGGGAACGCGUUGCUUCCUCUGUCUGGGCAACACACAGGAUACGUUGGAACUCGCGUUUGCUGUGUCGGACGUGGACGCCACCUCGAUAGUGGCCAAGAGCGUCUUCGUGAUGCCGCCUGGAGGGCAGGCAGAGGCGGAGGCGGCGCUGCUGGUGGACAUGGCCACCCAGCUGUUUGCCCAGGCUAUUGUCCAACGCAUACCCAGCGACCGUCGAGCCCUGGUCUACGAACCCAGCACAGAUGGGCUUGCCGCUGCAAUCAGCCUUCAAGCCCAGGCCACAGGCAAGACCAUUUUGCUUGCUACUUCCAAGACGACCAACGUUCCUAGUGGCUGGCUUUCAGUUCACUGGCAUGCCACAGAGCGAGCACUGCGUGCAGUCGUGCCACAGGACAUUGGUUGCUUCAUUGGCCUCAGCCUAGCAUCACCACCUGCACUUAUCGCCAGCCUCCCACACGCCGCAAGCGUCCACCAGCUGGGUGAGCCUGAUAUUUCCACCUCCUGUCUUGAUGCUGCCGUGCUCAGGGCUGCAUACGCCGCCGUGUUUCAUACUUCGACAGCGAUUACAGUGCCUGUGCAGAACCUGGCAGGCGCAACGUUCCGCAGCCGGGGCUACCCCAGCAUUGUCGACUGGACACAACAAGAGAUGACAGUGGCUGUUAGGCCGCUCGAUAUCAAGAGCUUGCUUCGUCCAGACAGGACGUAUCUACUGGUGGGCAUGGCCGGGGACAUGGGCCGCUCCCUCUGCAGAUGGAUGGUCGAGAAUGGUGCGCGCCAUGUCGUGCUCAGCAGCCGCAAUGCCAGCAUUGACGCCGCUUGGCUGAGGGAGAUGAGCCAACUCGGGGCCACUGUCCGCGUGUACCGUAUGGAUGUGUCGGACAGGCGUUCCGUAGACAGUGUUUGUGCAAGCAUCGCGGCCGAGCUUCCGCCUAUUGCAGGCGUCUGCAACGCGGCCAUGGUGCUAAAGGACAAGCUCUUUUCCGAUACCACGGCCGAGGCGCUGAACGAGGUGCUGGCACCCAAGGUCGAUGGCUCGGCCAUCCUGGACGAAGUGUUUGGCAGCAACGGUCCGGAACUCGACUUCUUUGUCCUCUUCUCCUCGCUGGCCAGCGUGUUCGGCAAUGCCGGGCAGUCAAAUUAUCACGCCGCGAACCUGUUCAUGGCCGGGUUGUGCGCCCGCCGGCGUUCGUCCGGUUUGCCCGCGUCCGUCAUGCACAUUGGCUUCAUCACCGAUGUCGGCUACGUCGCGCGCAGCGACCGCCGCUUCAAAGAGCACCUGGGCAAGCUCUCGCUUCAGCUCAUGUCCGAACGAGACCUACAUCACCUCUUCGCAGAGGCCGUGGCCAACAGCCACCCGGACCGGUGUCAUGACCGCUCAUGGGACAUCAUUGCUGGCAUCGACCCCUUCAUCGACGACGACCAAGCCGCUGUCCGUCCCCCAUUCUAUUCCAACCCUCGUUUCGCACAUUACGUGAUGGACUCGCGUGACGUAUCGGCAGCGGCAGCGUCCUCGGGCUUGGGAUCCGCAGAGCACCAGCAGGAUCACCUCAAGCGCCAGCUGAGCGCGGGCAUAACGGAGAAGGAGGCCGCCGCCGCCAUUGAGGGCGCGUUUGCUCAGCGUCUCGAGACCAUGCUUCAAAUGGCGCCCAACUCCAUCAAGCCGGACCGGUCACUCAUCUCCCUCGGCCUCGACUCCCUCAUCGCUGUUGAGAUCCGCGCUUGGUUCCAGCAGGCUUUGAAUCUGGAUGUGCCUGUGCUGCGAAUACUCAAAGGUGAUAGCGUGGCCUCGAUCUGUGCCGAUGUUGCGCGUAAGUUUCUAAUGGUUGGGGCCGAGUAGCGUGCCCGUCGAGUGUGAGCGAGUUGCGGUUGGCAUGCACUGAUGGGAUAAAUCAAGUCAGGUUAAUUAAACCCGGGCAGUUGAUUUGAAUGAUGGUUAUAGAGGCACCAAAGUCGCCGAGAAGCUGCGUCGGUUGCCACCAAUCGCGCUGGGUCCUGUGCUUAAGCAAGCUUAUAGUAUUUACGAUAUCGCGAGUCGAGUACGAUUGCUUCGUAGUAAGUGGGGGAGACACUGGGUUUGCUAUAAUACUGCUUUAGUUUUGCGAUUGCGGCACGCAGGUUGACAGCUAUAUAGUCCUCUAGAGCGUCACUCAGUUCGAAGUUAACCUCUGUAUAUGGCAACAGGCUCUCUUCGAAGGCGGCGAUAAGCCGCUCAAACGUAGUUGUAACCUUGUAUAUGGCACCAAAUCACCCG